UUGUGCUUUCUAUUAAUCUAUUGUGUCACACACGUAUUUUCUCUCUAUUUUCUUUUUCUUUUGCUUGUUUCUCCUUCUCCUCACUGCUUUCUAGGGUUUUUGCUCUCCUUAAUUUCUUGUUUAUUUUCCGCUUCUCAGUUCAUCGGAUGCUUUCUGAAGUUGAUUCAUAAUCGGAUAUAUAUAAAUAUUAUAUAUAUAUAUAUAUAUUUCCAAAUUUUCUGGUGGGGAAUUCAUUACUGUUUGGCAGCUGAGAAAGUGAAGAUGAUUUGUGGAUGGGGAUGGCAGUUUUCGUAUUGCUGUUUUGCUGUCUAUUUUUUUGACAGAUGUAGGGAAUUUGUGGUCGGAGCAGUUUAGAGGGCAAUCAAGUAUGUGAAAUAAUGAAGUUGGUUUGGACAGAAUGGAAGAAAUGAGCGAGGAUAUGACGCUAUUGGAAGCGACUGAGGAUUCACAUGUCCAAAAUAAGGUCAGGCAAGAUGCUCCGGAGAAUGAGUAUGUGCUGAAACCUGAAAAUACCAACGUAGUUGAAUCACAGGAAAUGGUUACACCUGUUGACGGUGGCUAUUCACAAUAUUAUCCUCAUGAAUUUACUGACAUCUUAGAGGGCAAGAAUCUGAAUAGGUGUAAAAGCAAUUUGAAAUUAUCUGAUCAACCAGAGUGCAGUCCUCAUUGUAUGGAUGAUGCUGGUGUUAUGGUUGAAGAGUUGACUGUGAAGAAUCACAACGGUUCCAAUUUAGCAAUUAUAGGUCCAUCAGACAAUAGAGCACGGCUGCUUUCUAGGCAUAGUCAGUGGCAACAUCUUUACCAGCUUGGAAGUGGUUCAGGAAGUGGGAGUUCACGUCUAGAUACUUCUUACAAGAACCAUGGUCUGGCAGUAACCCCUGGCUUGGAGAACGGUGGGUACACAUCUUUUCCGGAGGCUUUUGCUGGAAGAGCCAGUCGUAAUGAUUGUGGAGAAGAAUUGGAAGAAAUGAAGGCUACUGACAAUAAGGGUGGUGAUACUCAGGGCAGCAUUCGGACCAAGAUUCUAUCAAAAUCGGGUUUUCCUGAAUUUUUUGUUAAAAGUACCUUGAAAGGCAAGGGGAUCAUUCGCAGAGGAGUACAACUGGAGGGCUUUAAUGUUGAAAAUAGAAACCCUAAGAAUGCGAGGAUUGGUGGGGGUAUUUCAUUGGCAUCUGAUUCAUCUUUACAGCAUGAUGUUAAGCCUGUCAUUCCUGCUUUGUAUAGGAAAUCUGAGCAUAAACAUCGGGGUUCUUCUUUAGAUGGCAUUAGCCUGAGAGAAUGGCUUAAGGUUCCCAACCAAAAAGUAAAUAAAAUUAAAUGCUUGUAUAUAUUUAGGCACGUAGUUGAGCUAGUGGAGCGUUCUCAUGCUCGGGGGGUUUUGUUGCAUGACUUACGUCCAUCUUCUUUCAGGAUAUUGACGACAAAUCAGGUAAGGUAUGUUGGAACUUUUAUUCAAAGUAAAACUCCAGAAAGCCUAAUGGUUAAAGAUGGUCAGUGUUCAGAUAGCCAUCUGACUCGGAAAAGGCCAUUAGAGCAAGGGAACUUUCUGUCAUUUGGCGGAUCUCCUAAAAAACAAAAAGAUGCCCAGAAUAUGAGUCUUAUGGCCCGACAUUCUUAUUUUCCUUUUAAAUCUGGUGCCAGUCUUGAAACUGCAAACACUAGGGACUGCAAUAAGAAUGCUUCGGAAAAUUACAAUGAACAUUUUGCGGAACAGGGGGGUUGGAACAAGCCUGCUGGCCUUCGAGCUUAUGAUUCUGCCCAGACCUCAAUAAGUGACCUAUUGGAAGAGACGUGGUAUGUUAGUCCAGAGGAGCUUAUGACAGGAUGCUGCUCAGCUAAAUCAAACAUAUUCUCUCUUGGUGUUCUUCUUUUUGAGUUACUUGGAAAGUUUGAAUCAGAUGGUGCACUUGCUUCGGCAAUGUCAAAUUUGCGUGACAGGAUUCUUCCUCCCAGCUUUCUAGCCGAUAAUUUGAAGGAAGUUGGUUUUUGUCUUUGGCUGCUUCAUCCUGAACCUGCAUCUCGUCCUACAGCAAGGGAAAUUUUAGAAUCAGAACUAAUUAAUGGAAUGCCAAGUGUUCCGGAAGCGGAAGCGGAGCUUUCAACAUCUAUUGAUGAGGAAGAUGCUGAAUCAGAGUUAUUAUUGCAGUUUCUCACAUCAUUGAAUGAGCAGAAGCAGAAACAAGCCUCGAAGUUGGUGGAAGACAUACGGUAUUUAGAAUCAGAUAUUGAAGAAGUCAAUAAAAGGCACAAUUCAGCCAAACCCGUGGAUAAGUCUGGCUUGUCUACUGUGGAUGGAAGGGAUGAUUUGAUCCUUCAUGGAGGAUAUUUAAAUUCGGAUCCGUGCUCUCAGGUAUAUAGAAUAUCACAUACCAAUGAAGAGAGAAUAGAAAAAAAUAUAAGUCAGCUUGAAAGUGCUUAUUUUUCCAUGAGAUCAAAAGUAGAUCCUUCUGAGAAUGAUUCAGCAAUUCGGACAGACAACGAUUUACUGAGAGCUCGGGAAAACUGCUAUCUACCACAAAAAGAUGAUGAGAGGAGUCACAGUGAUCGUCUGGGUGCCUUUUUUGAUGGAUUUUGCAAGUAUUCUCGUUACAGCAAGUUUGAAGUACGUGGAGUACUGAGAAAUGGUGAUUUUAACAGUUCCUCGAAUGUAAUUUGUUCCUUGAGUUUUGAUCGGGAUGAGGACUAUUUUGCUGCUGCUGGAGUGUCAAAGAAAAUAAGGAUUUUUGAGUUUAACUCAGUCUUUAAUGACUCGGUAGAUAUUCACUAUCCCGCUGUUGAAAUGUUUAAUAGAUCAAAGCUUAGCUGUAUUUGCUGGAAUGGCUACAUCAAGAACUAUUUGGCUUCAACUGAUUAUGAUGGUGUUGUUAAGUUAUGGGAUGCAACUGUAGGUCAAGAGGUUUCUCAAUUCAACGAACACAAUAAAAGGGCGUGGUCUGUCGACUUUUCACAAGUGCAUCCUACAAAAUUGGCCAGCGGAAGUGAUGAUUGUUCUGUGAAACUUUGGAGUAUUAAUGAGAAGAACUGUUUGGGCACAAUUAGGAACAUAGCGAACGUCUGCUGUGUUCAGUUCUCUGCCCACUCAAGCCAUUUGCUGGCUUUUGGGUCUGCUGAUUACAGAACAUAUUGCUUUGAUCUACGCAAUACAAAAGCUCCUUGGUGUGUGUUGGGUGGCCAUGAGAAAGCUGUAAGCUACGUGAAGUUCUUGGACUCAGGGACCCUCGUUUCUGCAUCCACAGACAACACGUUGAAGCUAUGGGAUCUUAAUAAAACCAAUCCUACUGGCUUGUCUACAAAAGCUUGCAGUUUAACUUUCAGCGGCCACACUAAUGAAAAGAAUUUCGUGGGUCUAUCAGUUUCCAAUGGCUACAUAGCUUGUGGUUCAGAAACAAAUGAAGUAUAUGCCUACCAUAGAUCUCUGCCCAUGCCAAUGACUUCCUACAAGUUUGGUUCUAUCGACCCUAUUUCUGGAAAAGAGACUGAGGACGACAAUGGACAGUUUGUUUCAAGUGUAUGCUGGAGAGGAAAAUCCGACAUGGUUAUUGCAGCCAACUCAAGUGGGUGUAUAAAAGUACUACAAAUGGUUUGAGUGUGAGAAUCAAUCCUCUGAUUUAACUUGACGAAUGUGAUCAUCUUCAGUCACUUUACAGCUCGUGGAUUUGACUGAAGUAUCUGAAGCCCAAGAAUUAUGGUAACAGCAUAUUUACAUUUUGGAUCUCAUAAUAUUUAAUUUCUUCCUCGUUUCCUCCUUUUCUUUGAGUUAUAUAGGUUGAGCUAUUUGAUUCAAUAUAAAUAUGGGAAUCAUAUGGUUGAAAAAGGUUCUGCAGAGGUUUUGAUGAAUGAUGUAUAUAUAAGAAGAAGCAAAAAAGAAAAAAGAAAAAAAGGGAUAUAUAUAUAUAUAUAUAUGUCUCUAAAGUUUUACACUCCUUUCUAACUGAUAAUUUAUUCAAUUCUUUUCGUGAUUGUAAUUUUACCCAACAGCUACUUAUAAAAGCUGCAUAAAGAAGCAGAAUGGUUGCAUAUUGAGAUUGUGAAACACUUCCCCUCUUCUGGAUUUUGAAUUUUCUCCUUCAGCUUUGCUUAGGAUUUAUGUUUGAAUCAAAUAUCGGAGACCAAUUUUUUACCUUUGGCUGCUCA